CUUCGCCAGAAGGUGUCUCCCUUUCUCCAGGCGAGUCAAAAGUUGUGCGCUUUGAGUCAUCUGGUUUAUCCACUGGGAUUUGAAACUCGACACCGCCACAUCGCUUUUGAAUAGUGAAUGAUGAAGGAACUUUUCAGUUUCUCAAACCGAGAGCAACCGCUUACCGAGGUUGACCAUCAGGUUAGAUGUCAUUCAGUUUCGACGGACUGUAGGCCUAGGUGCGUUGAUGUCGGCGAAACAUCUCCGGCGCUUUCGAAUGGGGACCAUCACUGACUACGACUCCAAAUGAUUAUGAUAUGAUGAAGAAUAUAGGCAACAAUCAAAUUCAUAAACAUCAAGCAAACCACAACCGAGGGAAGAACAAGAGGGGUAACUGGCUGGCCGUUAUUUUGUUCCGAAUCUCACGGCGCGACUUCGGCUUCUGCUUGACAGCACUAUUCCUGUUCUGUUUGGGUUCACUUGUUUGGCAACUAAACGGCGGUCCUCCAAACCUUCUCCAAGACAUCCGCUAUUAUUUCGGACAAUCAACGUUUACAGAUGAUCAUGGACCCGUAGCCCCCAAAGUGCUGCCGUUCCCCAGCAGGGUGGUGUACAACCGCGUGGGGAAGUGUGGCAGUCGCACCAUCGUCCUGCUGCUGCGCAUUCUGGCUGACCGCCACCAGUUCACUCUGGUCUCCUCAGACAUCCACAACAAGACCAGACUGACCAAACAUGAGCAGGCGACUCUCAUGAGGAACAUCACCGAGAUACCACAGCCGUUCCUGUACACUCGACAUGUACACUUUCUCAACUUCACCAGGUUCAGGAUAGAUGAGCCGGUGUACAUCAACAUCAUCAGAGACCCAAUCAACCGCUUCCUGUCCAACUACUUCUUCCGGCGCUUUGGGGACUGGCGUGGCGAGGAGAACCACCUGGUGCGGACACCUGGGAUGAAGGAUGAGGAGAGAUAUCUGGACAUCAACACCUGUAUCCUGGAAAACUACCCCGAGUGCUCCAACCCCCGCCUCUUCUACAUCAUCCCGUACUUCUGUGGACAACAUCCGCAAUGCAGGGAGCCGAGCGAGUGGGCUCUGGAGAAGGCCAAGCAGAAUGUUCUGGAACACUACCUGCUGGUGGGAGUCCUGGAGGAGCUGGAGGACGUGCUUCUGCUGCUGGAACGCCUCCUGCCGCACUUCUUCUUUGACGUGCUCAACAUCUACAAGAGUCCUGAGUAUAAGAAGCUGGGCAACCUGACAGGGACCGUUCGCAAGCACACUCCGAGCCUGGAGGCCCUGCAGGUGCUGUACCAGCGCAUGGAGUACGAGUACAUCUUUUACAACUUCAUACGAGACCUGUUCCACCUCACCAAGAGGAAGAUCGGACUGCGGUCUGGGCCACGACCCUCACGCCACCAUUACAACCCUGCCCCCAGAGCACACGCAGACGAGCAGGACGAUGACGAUGCAGGACACAACUGAGAUAAGCAGUCCAGAGGACCAAUUCAAAAACCCUCGGACUAACCAAUCAGACAAUCAGAGGGAACCGUUCAGACAUACGGAAGAACACAUUUUCAAAUACACCAGACAAAUUGUUCUUUGUUCUGCUGUUUUGGAUGGGUUUGUUUUUGCAGACAUGCUGGCCUUGUCAUUAGUAAUAAUGCACUGCUUUGAUUUCUGCCUUAGCUUGUUAUCCAGUGACAUCAGAAUAGGGCCUUCACUAGGGAGAAAGAACAGAGGUCGUUCCAGCUGUAAUUGGAUGCUGAAACUGUUUACGCUGUAGUCAGAAUUCCUUCUCGAGUUCAUCAGGGGAUGAGGAAAAUAGGGAAGAGCUGAAAAACAACAUUUCCAGAUGGUCUCCAAAACAGAACUGGCUUUUAGGUGAACAGUGCUAAAUCUUUUAAAACCCUACUUUAGAAAAAACUUCUGUAGAGUUAUUAACAGCAGUUGUCAUUUAGCAGUUCAGAAUGUCUUGUCUGUGGCUUGAAUUAAAGGUUAAUUGACCAAAAUGAGGUAAAUGUUUUUAAGUGACAGUAUUAUUAUUAACUUAUUAUGAAGAGAAGGGGGGUAGAAAGGAGUCAGAAAAAAAGAUGACUUUCCUGAAAUAAUUUUGCAACCAUAUGAACCCUUUUCACCUGUAAAUAUUCUGUCUCUCUGAAAUCAAUGGCACUGGUGAAUAUGUUGCCUUCACUUUGUUUUGGUAACAUGUCCCCUUUCUCCUCUACUUGCAUGUCAGUACUGGAGGAGAGAUGGGAGACUUACAAUUCGCUCUUUGUUUCCCACUUUGGCUUUUGCCAUGUGCAGUUGGAUCUCUUAUAUGAGUCAUACAUGUCUGGUCAUUCAUGUCAACUCCAACACAGACUUACCAUUGAAUGCAGUAAGGAACGCCUGGAUUUAAUUGCUAACUGUGGCCAAAACCAAUAGAUCAGUUAGUGUUAAUAUAUUGCAUGUAAUCUUUCUAUGUCACCUUUCACAUGAAAGGGGAAAAAAACAGGGCAGCUGAAAGAGCAGCUUUGAGAAAACUGGUCAUCAAAUUGCUGUUGGAAUUUAUCCCGUAAAAGUAUGAUUUGUGUAAAAUACAAAUGUAAAUUAUUGAUUUUCAGUUAUUUUUCAUAUUUUCAUAUUGAUAGGAAAUUACAUGUACAACUGGGGGAUUGUGUUAGCAAAUAGCAAUGUGAACAAAUAAAUGUGAUUUGCUUAGUUGAGGGUACAAUGUGAAAUAAAGAAAUGUGACAUCUG